GUGUGAUCAGAUCUGAUCACCGUCCCCGCUGCGCGACGCCGGUUCCGCUCCGCUCCUGGCUCACUCGCGUCCCUCCCGUCGUCGGCGGUCGGCUAGAGAGUGUUUCAGCUUCAGUGAUUUAUACAUUAUAUAUGCUUGUAUAAGAAUAACAGGAUGAUGAAGCUAAGUUGGAAAGGAGCUUCGCGCCGAUACCUUUACGUGGGAUUUUUUCUUCUGUUUUGUAUCAUGGUCUCAAAUUUAGCAAUAUAUUACAGACCAUAUAUUCGGCCACAACUAACAAGGUUUUCGGAAACAGGCCGAUAUUCAGACGUGGCGAAUCCCAGACAUACAGAUUUCACCGUCGAGCACGCAAGCACAGAGGAGUCUAACGCAGGACAUACACGCUACGAAGAAACAGUGCAGAUCUACAGACAAGUGGAGAGUAACAUCUACUACAACAAGCAAUAUUCUCUGGCGCUCCUAAGACAAUUAAGCACUCAGACCUCGGGCAAAACUGAAAAGAAAAACCUCAAAGGGGCGAUAGAGGAUGUCAAGCACUAUUUCAGGUACUGGUCCUGAGUAGUCUUAGGUCUUGGAAAUGGAGGAUUUAUGCAACACGCUUACACUUAUACAAAUAAACAACACACACACACACACACACAUUACACACGCAUACUAUGGCGGUCAUACAGCCUGCACAUUCAUAAUUUCAAUUUAUAUAU